AUGGCAUCGAUCCAGUGUCUGAACCCCAAGGCAGAAUUGGCCAGACAUGCCGCUGCGUUGGAGCUCAACAUUAGCGGAGCUCGCGGUCUGCAAGAAGUUAUGCGCUCGAACCUUGGGCCCAAGGGUACUUUGAAGAUGUAAAUUAGUUCUUUGAAUGAUAGAUGAUAUAAAUUUGGUGUUCAGGCUGGUCUCGGGCAGUGGUGACAUCAAGCUCACCAAGGACGGCAAUGUUCUUCUUCAUGAAAUGGUAAAAUUUCAUUGUUUUCUUUCUUUAUUUUUUUCAAAGCGAUAUCGUAUGUAUUCUAUUUUUACCCUGCGUUCGAAUUAUCAGUUGAAAAAUCAAAAUGUUAUCAAAUCAUUAAUUCUCAUCAAAUUAUUGAAAGUUUCUAUUUUCAGUCCAUUCAACAUCCAACGGCGUCAAUGAUCGCCAAGGCUUCGACGGCUCAGGAUGACGUCACCGGCGAUGGAACCACAUCGACCGUGCUUUUCAUUGGAGAGCUUCUCAAGCAGGCAGAGACCUAUGUUCUUGAGGUUUUCCAACUUUUUCAAGUGAUAUAAAUCUCGUUUUUUGCAGGGAGUUCAUCCGCGCCUGUUGACCGAAGGUUUCGAAUGGGCCAACGCAAAAGUUUUGGAGCUUUUGAACACCUACAAACAGGAGGUUUAGCUUAUAAAACACAUGAAGGCGAUGAUAAUUCAAUUUUUCAGGUCGGAGCUGAUCGCGAAAUUCUCAUCGAAGUCGCCAGAACCGCUCUUCGUACUAAGCUUCAUCACAAGCUUGCUGACCACAUUACCGAGUACAUAAUUUAAAGUAGUAAAAUUAGUCGCGGCUCUUUCUUACUUAAGUAUCGCCUUCUCUCUUUUUUGGGUAAUUUCUGAUUCACAAGGGAGGUUCAAAAGGUUCAUAUAUUCGAUAAAACGUUGCUGAGAGGUACUUAAAAAUAUGUCUUACGCUUUUAACUCCAAAGUUUUAAGAUGUGGCUUUCACCAAUAUAACUGUGUGAAAAACGUUUUUGGAUUAAAAUAAAGCCUGCUAUAAUUCUGAUGACGAUAAACCAGCCGGGCUAAAAUUGGGUAAACAGCGGGUGUGCCCCUAUUAAACUUGAUUGAGGACUACUUUUUUGACUUUUGAAAUUUUCCACCACACCGUUUUAGCGCAGUUAGUGUCAUAUUUUCAAAAUAAACAGCUGAGUCACAUUUUUCUUGUUGCACCCGUUUUUCUCCCGUUUUAGCCCGACUGAGACUUCGAAAAAAAUUUUAAUAGGGGUACACCUGUUAUUUUUCGCGAUUUUUGUGAAACUCGAAAAUGGCUUUUUUUUUCACACUGGAAUAUGUUUGUUUCAAUUACGAUCUUUUUAUAAACCAUAUCCCUUCAGAAGAAAUCGAAAUUAUUGGAUUAGUAGCAAGUUUCAGGCCUUUGCCAUUUUUUCCUGCUUCAUUACGGCCUCUUUUUCGAAAAGAUGAACUUGAUCAACCCCUUUUUGUCUUAUUUAAUGUUGAAAAACACUUUUAUAUUUUUGAAGUAUCAAUUUUUAGAUGUGUUGUCGAUGCGGUUCUGGCCAUCAGAAACGGCGACGAAGAGCCUGAUUUGCACAUGAUCGAGCGGAUGGAAAUGCACCAUGAAAGUGACAUGGACACCUCUUUGAUCCGGUUUUUAUAUACUAUAUAUUUAUCGAUUGUAACUUCAUUUUUCAGCGGCCUGGUCUUGGAUCACGGAGCCCGUCAUCCGGACAUGCCGAAACACGUCGAAGACGCCUUCAUCCUCACUUGCAAUGUCUCUUUGGAAUAUGAGAAGACGUAAAAUUCCGUUCUAAUUACAACAAUAUAAAAUAAUAUGUUUCAGGGAGGUCAACUCGGGUCUUUUCUACAAGACUGCUGAGGAACGCGAGAAACUUCUGGCCGCUGAACGCGAAUUCAUCACUCGUCGCGUUCAUAAAGUCAUUGAACUGAAGAGAAAGGUAGAAUAUUGAAGGGUCUCGAGAAGAAGAGACUUUGAUCUUUUUUAAUAAAUUAAAAAAUGCUCAAGAAACGAUAUUUGAAGAUUUGACUUUUUGAUAGUUUUUGUAGUAUUUAUCUGGAAAUUCCAAAAAUAAAAAUUUUUAGUAUAUCGUAUGAUCCAUGUUCUAUAGCUCUCUUUAUUCAUUUCAACACUUUAGUUUUUAUUUUUUUGUAAAAUGUUAAAAAUUUUUAUUUUUAGUUGAAUUUUUUUGAAACGUUUUUGGCCAAGUUAUAGCGAAAUGUACCCGAAUUUUCAAGUUUUAUUUUUUUGAAACCAGUUUUUCUGAAUUUUUUUCUGAACUGAAAAAAAUAUGUGGGGUAUCAGCUAAACUCCCUAAAAAAAUACUAUCUUGGUAAAUUGACGUUUUUUUCUGGCUUUCAAGGUGCUCCCAUGAAAAAAAAUAUAUGUAGGAACUCUUCAAUAAUUGACGUUUGAAGGAGUUUUUUGUUCCUGAUGAAUGAAUUUUCCGAUUUUGAAGCUUGAAUUAAAAAAAAAUUCAACUCGUUAGAAUAAAAUUGUGUUCCAGAUCAUCAACGAGACGCCCGGCAACGAGAAGAAGGGCUUCGUGAUCAUCAACCAGAAGGGAAUCGACCCUCCUUCUUUGGAUUUGCUCGCCGCCGAAGGAAUUCUGGCCCUGAGACGGGCGAAACGCCGCAACAUGGAACGUCUCCAGCUGGCCGUCGGCGGAGAAGCCGUCAACUCGGUCGAAGAUAUGACCCCCGAAGUUCUGGGCUACGCCGGCCUCGUCUAUGAGCAUUCUUUGGUGAAUAACAGGGCCUAUAGAAAGUUAGAGAGCAUUCAAAAAAGAGAUGGCUCGCGUUUUUUUUUUCUCUGAACCUCUUGGUUAUCAGUGCUCUCGAGCUUCAGACGAUCCAAGCGUAGAAAAAUUGAUGGUUGACUCAGCAUCGCCUUUAUAAGGUGCUGUAGCUUCACGGCUGGCUUGCAAUCAAGAAAAAAGGUCCUGAAACGAUAAAGAAAAGAUAGUGCCUGGCUGGUGCGAUCAGCUUGCGACACUUAGCCACCCAAGCUAGCCGUAAAUUGGAUAUACUAUUUCUCUCUAGCUUCAUAAAAUUUGAACCUAGAUAUUUUUAACUUGACUCGAUAACACCUUCCUUGAGGUAGUACGAAUUAAAGUAGGGAAAUCUUCUGGACUUUAAUUCCUUUUCAUAUCGUUCUUUUUCAUAUCCCGACUUUUCAUAUCGUUAGUAACUUUUUCCGAGUUUUUUUUUUUCUUGACUUUCUCGAUUCGAAUGCCCUUAUACGAAUCAUGAUAAAAACCAAAAGAAAGCUUUUUGAAACGUUAGAACUUUGUUCAAUCCGUUUUAAUUUUUCUUCUGUCGAUAACUAUAAGACAAAAUAUCUCCAGAAAAAGCUGUAUAUCCGUGAUAUUACGGGAAGAAAAAAUGGCCCGUUUUUUAAUUGCAAUCUUCCCGCUUUUUCAUGACUGUAGAGAAUUUUUGAACCAAUCCUUUUCCUUGUUUUUUGUUUUUUUUUUUCUAAUUAGUUGCUUGAAAUUUUUAUCAUACUAUUAGAUAGGAGACCAUCACAAAAAAACACAAAGAAACAGAAAAAUAAUGUAAUCUGUGGAAAAUCUGUACCGGAUUUUUUUUUUUCAAUUCAUUAUUCCAGGGAGAAGAAAAGUACACGUUCGUUGAGAAGUGCCGCGAUCCCAAGUCGGUCACUCUGUUGAUUAAGGUUUUGGAAUAGUUCAGCUCGAUCCUUAUUUAUUGAGAUUCCAGGGACCCAACAAGCACACGAUCACUCAGAUCAAGGACGCCAUCCACGACGGCCUUCGCGCCGUUUUCAACACUAUCGUUGAUAGUGCGUUCAUAUCAUCAUUUCAAUCGAAAUCAGGCCAAAAAAUAUAGAUUAUGGAAAACUCAAACAAAAAAAAUUCCGAAUACUUAAGGGGUUUUAAUUGAAUUUAAUUAAAUUUCUAGAAGCCCUAAUCCCUGGAGCCGCUUCCUUCGAAAUCGCUGCCUACGUCAUGCUUCAGAAGGAAAUCCAGAACAUGAAGGGACGAGCGAAAUUGGGAGCCAAGGUAUUUUUCUUCACAGAGACUACGCAAAACUGUGUUUUUCUCAAUUUUUGAGUUUUUAGCAGCUUUUUCAUGAAUUACUGUGCGAAUAAGGUGAAUCGGAAUAAAAUGAAGUUUUAGAAUAGUAAAAUAGAUGAUUUAAUAUGCCUUUUGUGCGAGAAAUUUCUCGUAAAGUUCAUUCUCAAUUUUUAAAGUUUUGAGUAGCGUUUUCAUGAAAUAAUGUUCGUAUGAACAGAAUUAGAGAGAAUUUAGCCAUUUUAACAGUAUAAUUCGUGAUUCUAACCAGAUUUUAGUGCUGGAAAGCUCUGAAAAGUUUAUUCUCAAUAUUAAGACACACACAAAUUAAUUGAAAACUUUGAAUUUCUCGAUAAAUUAGAGAAAAUUUAUUCCCAGUUCGAGAAGCUAUGAAAAAAAACUUUUGAGAACUUCAAAUUACUGAAUUUAAUCAAAAAAAAAUUAAGGCCUACGCUGAUGCUCUUCUCGUGAUUCCCAAGACGUUGGCCAUCAACGCCGGACAUGACGCGCAAGACACGAUCGUCAAGCUCAUCGAAGAGAAACAUUCUGUCGGAGAUCUCGCCGUCGGAAUCGAUUUGGAAACUGGCGGCGCUGCCGUUCCCACGGUAAAAAUGAUUUUUUAAGCUGGCAAACUAAUAACCGUUAAAAAAGGACCAAAUACGACUGGUACAUUUUUGCAAAAAUUGAAAGCUUCUAUAGUUUUACCAGAGUUCCUUCCAUCAUCGUUGAUUUUCCAUCCUUUUUCUGAUCUCUAACUGAAAUUUAAAGUCUUUUCCGACAAAAUUCAGGCGCAUAUUCUGUUGAAAUAUCUUUUAAAAAUCAAUUUGGUUUCCGAUUUCGACUCUUAAAAAAGCUCAAAAAAAAAAGGAAAAUCCGAAGAUUAUAGAAUGUACCCGAAUGAAGAUAUAAUUCAGCGUAAAAGGUGGAGCAUUCGAGUGUUUUAGAGGUCCGUCCCGAAAGGAAAAGAGUAUUCGAGAACAAUUUCGAAACUAGAAAGAUAAAGAAAAGUUGAAAAGAUUGUGGGACCUUUACCGACUUUGUCUAUGUUCUAGAAUUAACCUUUUAUAGGCGUGAUGCUCCAAAAAAUUUCAUACUGUUUUGCCUCGAAUUUUGAAAGUUUCAAGGAUAUUUCUUCAAUUUUCAUGGACUUUUCUUGAGUUUUUAUAAGUGUUAAACUGAGUUUCUUCGACUUUCAGGGAAUCUGGGACAACGUGACGGUGAAGAAGAACAGUCUCUCGUCGGCCUGCGUUCUCGCCUGCAACCUGCUUCUGGUCGACGAAGUCAUGCGUGCCGGAAUGACCAACCUGAAACAAACCCAACAAGAAUAA